UUCCGUCUUGGGCCUGGCAGAAUGGCUCCAGCAAAGAAGGGUGGCAAGAAGAAGAAGAAGGGCCGUUCUGCCAUCAACGAGGUGGUGACCCGAGAACACACCAUCAACAUUCACAAGCGCAUCCAUGGAGUGAGCUUCAAGAAGCGUGCCAGUAGGGCACUCAAAGAAAUCUGGAAAUUUGCCAUGAAGGAGAUGGGGACUCCAGAUGUGCGCACUGAUACCAGGCUCAAUAAAGCCGUCUGGGCCAAAGGAAUAAGGAAUGUUCCAUACCGUAUCCGUGUACGUUUGUCCAGAAAAUGUAAGGAAGAUGAGGACUCCCCAAACAAGCUCUACACAUUGGUAACUUACAUACCUGUUACCACAUUCAAAAAUCUACAGACAGUCAAUGUGGAUGAGAACUAAGCUGCUGAGUGUCAAUAAAGUUGGAGAACUACCA